AUGGUCAAGGUUCAGAGUUCCUCUAUGUUUUUAUUUUGGUUUCUAUUGGAAUGCCUACUUCAUGUCUGCUUACCUUACACAGAUGGGGUUUAUCCUGCUGGGAAAGCAAUGGACUCACCAGGGAGUAGACAGUUACAAAGAUCAAAAGCUCUUGUGGAAGAACCCGGAGACAUCAUUUCAGUAAUUUAUCCAACCCCAGGAACCUCAAAAGCAAUUCCACGUAGACCUGGUCUUGUUCAUGUAAUUUCAAUUUCUAGUAUAGCCUUUGCCAUUGCCCUGAUAUGUGGACUCAUAAUCUCCUAUAUGAUAUAUCGGCUGGUAAAAGCUGAGGAACAACAGCAGCUUGCAAUGUUGUAUGAAAAGGUCGAGAUUCCCCUUUUAGAUGAGGAGGUCUCAGAAGAUGAAGGCCAGGAUGAGUCUUCUAAACCACAUCCAAAGAAUGAGGAGCUGGGGAAGUUCAUCGGCUCAGUUAUUAAGACAAAAAGAAAAGAAAAAAAUUUGAAGAAGAAAGUGAAGGGAGAGAAAAAUCUUCUGCAGGAAAAUACAUCAGAGAGUUCCAAUUAUACUGAAACAGUGGAGAGUCAUGACAAAAUGGAAAAGGGUGAGAGCAGUGAGAAUCUGUGA